GUUCUGAAGGAGGGGGAUAAGAACAAUGAUAGAAGAGAGAAUAAUCUAUAAAAGGGGCUUUUCUCCGAGUUCCGUAUUUUCCUCCGAUUUUUCACAAAGAAGAAAAAAAAAUACGACGGCUAAUUUUCAGAGGUGAGAGGAUCUUCGAGGAUCUCUUGGGGUGGUGUUUGAGUGAUGGCUUCGAAGCGGAUCUUGAAAGAACUCAAGGAUCUUCAGAAAGAUCCUCCGACCUCUUGCAGCGCAGGCCCAGUGGCAGAAGACAUGUUUCACUGGCAAGCUACAAUCAUGGGGCCACCUGACAGCCCUUAUGCUGGUGGAGUUUUUCUAGUUACUAUUCAUUUCCCUCCUGAUUAUCCAUUUAAGCCACCUAAGGUGGCUUUCAGGACAAAGGUUUUCCACCCGAACAUCAACAGCAAUGGCAGCAUUUGUCUUGAUAUUUUGAAGGAACAAUGGAGCCCAGCUUUAACCAUUUCCAAGGUUUUACUGUCGAUUUGCUCGUUGUUGACGGACCCCAACCCUGAUGACCCUCUUGUGCCGGAGAUUGCUCACAUGUACAAGACGGAUAGGAGCAAGUAUGAGACAACUGCACGAAGCUGGACCCAAAAGUAUGCCAUGGGCUAGUAGUAGUUUCUCAAACUCAAGUCGUCCUUUUCCUUUUGCUACUUUUUUUCUCAAGAAAAAAAAAAUGUAAUGACUAAAAUGAGUAAUGAAUGAAAAAUGUGUGAAUUAUGUUUUAUGUAAGAUAAAGAGGGUUUAAAAGGUAAAGGUAACAAACAUGCUCCACCUUAAAUAUUUUUGUUUAUUUGCUUUCCUUUCCUGAACAAUUUAAUCUUG